AAAAUGAUCAUUCGAUCAUUGCUGAUCACCAUACUAUUAUUUAAACUCUUUGUGGAUUCGAAUGAAGGAAUAUCCCAAGCAGACGGAAAACCCUUAGCUGUCCAUCUCUCUCUUGCUCGUCAAACAGAAAUUCAAAAUAAUGAAAAAGAAAUAAAAAUUUUAAAAAAUUCUAAAAUAAACUUUAAUUCACUUAUUAAAAAAAUAAAAGUUAUUUUAGAGAAAAUGGAAGAAUUUGUAAAAAGUAAUGAAAAACCUGAAAAUCUUCCAUUGAAGUUUGAAAUGGAAAUGGAAAAAUUUUUAGUUGAUCAAGCAAAAAUUAAAUUGGUAAAAACUUUAAUAGAAAAAAUGAAGGAGUUUAGAAAAAACGGAGUUGUGAAUAUUCCGGAAGAAAUUGGUGAACUUACUUGUGACACGAACCAAUUGGUUUGUUGUUUUAUUUUAAUAUAA